AAACAUUUUGUUCCCAUCCAUUUCUCUCUCUUUCUCUCUUUUUACAUCCAAAAUUUCCCCCAAAAUUCCCUCUCAAAAAAAUUCAACAUCCAGAAUUAGGUUUUUCAAAAUCCCCAAUUUAACUGAAAAUCACCAUCUAUAAAUGACGUCAUCCACUGUUUCAAUCACCGCAAAUCCUUCCGGCGCAUCCCUCCGGCGACCUAUACACACCGGCGACAAAAACUCCGGUGACGGAAUCAUUCCGGCCAACGGCGGUAAAGAUCUUAGCGAUAAUUCAAUUCGUGCAGGUACAGAAACUGUGUUGGAAAAAUCUAAAGAAACUGUUCAAACUAAAAACCCUAAUUCGACAAACACUAAAUUGCGUAAACGAACCGUUGUUAAGAAGUCGAAUACGAAACCGGCUUGGAAAACUGCUGUUAGUGUAAUUUUAAAGAAUUUAGGGCUUUUGGUUAUAUUGUUGCUUUUGGCUCAAAUGAUUAGAAAGUUAGGGUUUGGUAGUGGAUAUAGUGGGAAUGUGUUAGUUGGGGAUGUUGGAUUGGAUUACGAGAGACGGAUAGCAGAAGUUGAGAAAUUUUUGAAAACGACGACUAAAAUGAUGCAAGUUCAGGUUGAGGUUGUAGAUAGGAAGAUUGAUAAUGAGAUUGCAGGGUUGAAAACGGAGGUAAGUAAGAGAAUUGACGAUGAUCGGGUUGAGUUUGGGAAGAAGGUUGGAAUGUUGGAUGGGCGGGUUGAGGAAAUGGAGAAAGUGUUUGGGUCGGGUAAGUGGUUAAGUAGAGACGAGUUUGAUAAGUUUGUAGAGGAUUUUAAGGGUGGUAGUGAUGUUGGGCAGACGAGACUUGAUGAGAUUCGUGCAUUUGCUAAGGAGAUCGUGGAGAGAGAAAUUGAGAAACAUGCUGCUGAUGGGCUUGGUAAGGUUGAUUAUGCGGUGGCGACUGGUGGUGCCAGUGUGUUGAAGCAUUCCGAAGCGUUUGUUUCUUCGAGUAGGGUUGGUAGUUGGUUUACUGGAAAUGUGAGAAGUGAUGCUGUGAAGAUGCUACAACCGAGUUUUGGUCAGCCUGGGGAGUGUUUUCCGUUGAAAGGAGAUAAUGGUUUUGUUGAGAUUAAGCUUAGGACUGCUAUUGUACCCGAGGCUAUAACCCUUGAGCAUGUUUCAAAGAGUGUGGCAUUUGAUAGAUCGAGUGCUCCCAAGGAAUGUAAAGUUUUGGGAUGGUUGCGCAGCGAGGAAGAUACACAGGAAGAGCAUUUACUGACUGAGUUCACGUACGACCUUGAAAAGAGUAGUGCCCAAACUUUUAACGUGUUGGAAGCAGGUGGCUCAAAUGCAGCCAUUAUCGAUUCAAUCAGGCUAGAGUUCCUGUCCAAUCAUGGUAGCCCUACGCAUACUUGCAUAUAUCGCGUUAGAGUUCAUGGUCAUGAACCUGUUGCUUUGUAAAAUAAAAUAGGGUUACCAACCUUCUAGCGAACAUCGUGCGUAGCAAACAUUUCUCUAUUUCUGUUUUUUAUUUAUUACUUUGUACUUUGCCAGUUGUUUGAGGUUUUAUGGUGUUUGUAAGUUGCAACUCUUUUGGUUGUUCA